UCACAUGCAAUUUGAGUAACUGCUUGAUUAGAAACAGUUCUUCAUUGAGUUGAUUUUCACAAUAAAAUAGCUCGGAGUGUUGUUUCUUUGAACUUGAAGAGGAGAGAAAAGAAAAAAGAUGGCCGAUCAAGCAGCACGAAAUUUGCAGUUCGAGUACAAAGUGAACUCGAACUUGGUGUUGCAACCGGACCGUAACUUGAUAGACAACAAGCGAGGCAGAGAUGAGGCGACAGGGGAGGUGUUGUCCCUAACCGGGAAGCUACUGGGCACCCAGAUGGGAGACAAGGCACUGAGAUCCAAACCGCCCCAGAUGCAGAGGCGCAAGGAGAAACGUGUGAAGCGUGACCAGGCCAGGUAUGACGUAGAUCGGAUGAAGGGGACAACAUUGCUUAGUGAGAGUGUGGAUGAAAUGGUAUCUUCAGGAGUCGUGUACAGGCCAAAGACACAGGAGACAAGACAGACGUAUGAGAUCAUGCUGACAUUCAUACAAGAGGCUUUGGGUGACCAGCCUCGUGACGUGUUGUGUGGUGCGGCUGACGAAGUGCUCAUAACACUCAAGAGUGAAAACAGGAAAGAUAAGGAAAAGCGAAAGGAGGUGGAGUCCCUGCUGGGAGGACUACCCGAUGAGAGAUAUGCUCUGCUGGUGAAUCUGACCAGAAAGAUCACUGACUUCCAGAACGCUGACAAGUUCAGUGCAGACAAUGACGAAAUAGACGACACUUAUGGGGUGAAUGUGCAAUUUGACGACUCAGAUGAAGAUAAUCAGGAGGGAGAAGAGGGAGGGGCGAGAGGGGGAAGAGGAGCUGCGGCUGAUGGGGAGAAUGUGUACGGGGAAGUGAGGGAGAGGGGGAGUGAUAGUGAGGAUGACGAGGGAGAUAGCGACUCUGAUAUGGACACCACGCAAGGUAAAGCAAAAGGAGCAUCGGAAGGCGUAAAAGAGAAAGAUACGAAGAAGCACUUGAAUGCCGGUCUGACCACCAUGACUUCCAAGAAGAGUUCAAGGUCAUUGGAUGAACUGAAUCCGAGGGACAUCGACGCUUAUUGGCUGCAGAGGAAUUUGAACAAAGUCUACAAUGAUGCACAUGCAAGUCAGAAAAAGGCAGAUGAAGUUUUAGCUAUUUUAAAGGCUGCUGGCGACAACCGAGAUUGCGAGAACCAGCUAGUGGAUCUGCUCUCCUUCGACCAGUUCGCAUUCAUCAAGAAACUGGUGCAGAAUCGAAAUGUAGUUCUAUAUUGCACCCUGUUGGCCCAAGCUCAGAGCCAAGACGAGAAGGAGAAGAUUGAAGAUAAGAUGCAAAGUGAUCCCAAGUUGAGUGUCAUUCUACAUGCGCUGUGGGAGACUUCGGAUCACCAGGAAUCAUCAUCUUCGCGAGGUCAUGACAAACAAAUGGACCACUCCGGUUUGGAUAGGACAUCGUCGUCAGCGGGAUCCUCGAAGUCGUCGUCGGCCAGGAGUUCGAGUGCAGUGUCGGGUUCAUCUGCUGCCGCUCAGAGUAGACAUCAAAGUCAGUACGAGUAUGUAGACAAGGAUCCAGAGUUCAUGGGAAGAGAUGGAGACAAGAACUACUCCCAGAUGAAAACAUUAGACCUGGAAGACCUCUCGUUCAGUCAAGGAAGUCAUCUCAUGUCCAACAAGAAGUGUCACCUGCCCGAAGGCUCAAACAGACGACAGAAAAAAGGUUACGAGGAAGUACAUGUGCCUGCUUUGAGACCAAAGCCUUUCAAAGAGGGGGAGAAACUGGUGGCGAUUCAAGAUCUGCCAGCAUAUGCCCAGCCGGCGUUCAAGGGGUUCUCUCAUUUGAACAGAAUCCAGUCCAAAGUACAAAAGUGCGCCCUGGAGAGUGAUGAAAACAUGCUGAUUUGUGCACCCACUGGAGCUGGUAAGACUAACGUGGCCCUGUUGACGAUGUUGCGAGUGAUAGGGAAGAACAUGGACAUGGAGGCCAGGAUAAACACGGACCAGUUCAAGAUAGUCUACGUAGCACCCAUGCGAUCACUAGUACAGGAGAUGGUCGGAAACUUCUCAGCGAGACUGGAGUCUUAUGGCAUCAAAGUAUCGGAAUUGACUGGGGACCAUCAGUUGACAAGAGAGGAAAUCCAGGCCACUCAAGUUCUAGUUUGCACCCCUGAGAAGUGGGACAUAGUCACAAGGAAAGGGGGAGAGAGAACUUACACUCAGCUGGUGAAGUUGAUUAUAAUUGAUGAGAUUCAUCUUCUGCAUGAUGACAGAGGACCGGUGCUGGAGAAUAUUGUGGCUAGGACCAUCAGGAACAUAGAGAAUACGCAGGGUGAGGUGAGACUGGUGGGUCUGAGUGCUACUCUCCCCAACUACCAGGACGUGGCCACCUUCCUCAGAGUGGAACCCCAGACUGGACUGCACUACUUCGACAACUCAUACAGACCAUGUCCACUCGAGCAGCAGUACAUAGGAGUGACAGAAAAGAAGGCAGUUAAGCGCAUGCAGCUGAUGAACGAAAUAGUGUAUGAGAAAGUGAUGGAGAGGGCGGGCCAGUGUCAGGUGCUGGUGUUUGUUCACUCCAGGAAGGAGACUGGCAGGACUGCCAGAUCCAUCAGAGACCAGUGUCUGCAGAAUGAAACACUAGGGAAGUUCCUCAAGGAGGAGUCGGCGUCGGUAGAGAUUCUGCGCAAGGAGGCGGAAGAUGUGAAAGACACUGAAUUGAGAGAUCUGUUGCCGUAUGGCUUCGCAAUCCAUCAUGCAGGCAUGGGUCGAGUUGACAGGACUCUGGUGGAAGAUCUAUUCAGUGACAGACACAUUCAGGUUUUGGUAUCUACAGCAACCUUAGCAUGGGGUGUGAAUUUGCCAGCGAAUACUGUGAUAAUUAAGGGAACCCAAGUUUAUAGUCCAGAAAAGGGCAGGUGGACUGAACUUGGCGCGCUGGAUAUUUUGCAGAUGUUGGGUCGAGCCGGCAGACCCCAAUACGACCAGAAGGGAACUGGAAUAGUUCUCACCUCCCACUCAGAGCUGCAGUACUACCUGUCUCUGAUGAACCAGCAACUCCCAAUCGAGAGCCAGUUCAUUUCAAAACUACCAGACCAUCUUUGUGCGGAGGCUGUGCUGGGAAAUAUCAACAACACAAGGGAUGCUGUCAACUGGCUGGGAUACACGUAUCUUUACAUCCGGAUGCUGAGAAACCCAUCCUUAUAUGGUGUCAUUCAAGACGACAAAGACCAAAUCUUGGAGCAAAGAAGAAUCGAUUUAGUACACAGCGCCUGUGCACUUCUGGACAAACAUAAUCUGAUUAAAUACGACAGAAGAAGCGGGAAUAUUUUUGUCACUGACCUCGGAAGAAUCUCAAGCCACUACUACUGUUGCUUUCAAACCAUGGCUACAUUCAAUCAGUUGUUGAAGUCGACGUUGUCGGAAAUUGAGUUGUUCCGAGUGUUCGCUUCUAGUUCGGAGUUCAAACAUAUAAUUGUGCGGGAUGAGGAAAAACUAGAGUUGAAUAAGUUGAUGGAAAGAGUCCCGAUUCCGAUCAAAGAGUCGGUAGAGGAACCAAGUGCUAAGGUGAACAUUCUGCUGCAAGCAUACAUAUCGCAGCUGAAGCUGGAUGGAUUUGCGAUCGCAUGUGACAUGGUCUUCAUUUCUCAGAAUGCGGGACGUCUCCUCCGUGCAAUAUUCGAGAUCGCACUCAGCAGGGGUUGGGCACAACUCACCGACAGGGCCCUGAAUGUGGGCAAGAUGGUGAACCACAAGAUGUGGCUGAGCAUGUGUCCCCUGAGACAGUUCAAGAAGAUACCGGAAGAAGUGGUGCGCAAGAUAGAGAAGAAGAACUUCAUGUGGGAGAGGUUCUACGAUCUAGAGGCUGGCGAGAUCGGCGAGUUGCUGAAGAUGCCUAAGAUAGGGAAGAACAUCUACAAGUUUGUUCACCAGUUCCCCAAAUUAGAUCUUUCUUCCCACAUCCAGCCAGUGAACAGAGCUACUCUGAAGGUGGAACUGACAGUCACUCCCGAUUUCAAGUGGGAUGAAAAAGUACACGGCUCAUCACAGGCCUUCUGGAUUUUGGUUGAAGACGUCGAUAACGAAAACAUUCUGCACAGUGAAUACUUCUUACUCAAACAAAAAUUCUGCGAAGAUGAGCACCUCAUUAAGUUCUAUGUGCCCAUGUUCGAACCCCUCCCUCCGCAAUACUUCAUUCGCGUCGUAUCCGACUCAUGGCUGAACUCGGAAACGCAGCUCCCGGUCUCGUUUCGACAUCUGAUUCUACCCGAGAAGUACUCGCCUCCGACUGAGCUGUUGGAUCUGCAGUCGUUGCCGAUGAGUGCGUUGAGAGACUCGAGGUAUGAGGAGAUAUACAAGAGACAGUUCCAGUACUUCAAUCCCAUUCAGACUCAAGUGUUCAACCAAGUGUACAACGCGGAUGACAAUGUGUUUGUGGGUGCCCCAUGUGGCAGUGGCAAAGGAGUGGUGGCUGAGUUCGCUAUGAUGAGAUUGUUCAACCACCACCCAGAUCCAGACUCUGCAAAGGCAGUCUACAUUACACCCUAUGACUCACUAGUGCAACAGAAAUACGAGGAGUGGAGUGAAACGUUCGGCAACAAACUGGGCAAGAAAGUGGUGACGAUGACAGGCGAAACAGCAGUGGACUUGAAACUACUCGCGAAGGGAAACGUAGUCCUGUCAACCCCUCAGAACUGGGACAUCAUUUCACGCCGGUGGAAACAAAGGAAGAGUGUGCAGAAUGUGAACCUGUUCAUAUGCACCGAGUUGCAUCUGCUGGGAGGAGAGGAGGGACCAGUGAUGGAGGUAAUCUGCUCACGUAUGCACAAUAUGGCAUCUCAUUUGGAGAAGCCAAUCCGUAUCGUGGGCUUAGCUUCAUCUAUUGCGAAUGCCAGGGAUGUGGCACAGUGGCUCGGCUGUCCCAACAACGGAAUCUUCAACUUCCAUCCUAAUGUCAGACCUCUACCAUUAGAGUUGCAUAUUCAGGGUUUCAACAUCAGCCACAAUGCAUCCAGACUACUGGCAAUGUCCAAGCCAGCCUACAAUGCAAUCAUAAAGCACUCACCCAGGAAGCCAGUUCUGGUGUUUGUGCCAUCACGCAAACAGACAAAAAUAACGGCGAUCGACUUGCUGACAUAUUGUGCGGCUGAGCUCAGUCCAAAAAGGUUCCUGCACUGUUCGGAGAGUGACCUGAAGCAGUACGUGGACAUGGUAGAAGAUGAGACACUAAGAGAGACUCUCUCUUCAGGAGUGGCAUUCACUCACGAGGGACUGUCCAAGAAGGAUCUCUCCAUCGUCCAGCAACUGUUCGACGCUGGAGCUGUGCAGAUCAUCGUGGCCUCUCGCAGUCUCUGCUGGUCUCUGACAGCCCACGCCCAUUUAGUGGUCAUAAUCGACACCCAAUACUACAAUGGACAAGUACACUCAUACGUGGACUACCCAAUCACAGAUGUAUUACACAUGCUCGGAAGAGCUAACAGGCCGAAGCACGACAAUGAGGGCAUUUGUAUGUUGCUGUGUCAGAACAGCAAGAAGGACUUCUACAAGAAGUUCCUCUAUGAGCCACUGCCUAUUGAGUCCCAUUUGGACCAGAAUUUACAUGAUCACUUCAACGCAGAGGUUGUGACGAAGACUAUUGAGAAUAAACAGGAUGCUGUUGAUUAUUUGACGUGGACAUUCAUAUACAGGAGGAUGACUCAAAAUCCCAACUACUACAACUUGCAAGGUACGACCCAUCGACAUCUGUCGGAACAUAUGUCAGAAUUGGUGGAGACGACCCUCAGUGACCUCCAACAGUCUAAGUGUAUUGACAUAGUGGGUGGGAUGGACGUCACCCCCCUCAAUCUGGGCAUGAUAGCAGCCUACUACUACAUAAACUACACCACCAUAGAACUGUUCAGCAUGAGUCUGACGAACAAGACCAAAGUGAAGGGCCUCAUCGACAUCAUCUGCAAUGCGGCAGAGUUCGAUGUCAUUCCUAUCAGACACAAGGAGGACAAUUUAUUACGACAGUUGAUACAACACAUUCCCUACAAGCCAGAUAAGUCGGUGAAAUUUGCAGACCCACACGUGAAAGCCUCACUUCUCCUCCAAGCUCAUCUGUCUAGGAUUCAACUGAGUCCAGAACUGCAGGCAGAUACCAACGACAUUCUAACACACUCCAUCAGACUCAUUCAGGCCUGUGUUGACGUGUUGAGUUCGAGUGGUUACCUGUCUCCGGCGUUGGCGGCCAUGGAGCUGGCACAGAUGGUGACUCAGGCCAUUUGGAACAGAGACCCAUACCUCAAACAGCUGCCACACUUCAACGCAGACAUCAUCACUCAAUGCAAAGACAAAGGCGUAGAAAGUGUGUUUGAUGUUAUGGACCUGGAAGAUGAAGUUCGAGACCAGCUGUUAUCUUCUCUCUCUGAACGACAGAUGGCAGACGUGGCCCGAUUCGUGAACAGAUACCCAAACAUAGAGCUGACUCACGAAUUGGCCAAUGAUGCGAACAGUAUCCAUCCUGGCAGUAGAGUGCAGCUGAAUGUGAAUUUGGAGAGAGAGGAAGAGGUGGUAGGACCUGUGAUUGCGCCAUUCUUCCCACAGAAACGAGAAGAAGGGUGGUGGGUGGUGAUUGGAGACCCGAAAAAGAACUCUCUCAUCUCGAUCAAAAGAGUGACCCUAUCGCAGAAGGCAAAAGUGAAGCUAGAUUUCGUAGCCCCUUCCGCUGGACAGUACAACUAUACAAUAUACUUCAUGAGUGAUGCGUACAUGGGGUGUGAUCAGGAGUAUAAGUUCACGAUUGACGUGAGACACUCGGGAGGUCAAGGACACAGAUCGGAUUCGGACUAGAACGAAGAGGUCUUUUGGAAAACUGAGAGAAUGAAGCAUCGCAUCUCUUGUCGAUAGAAUUUCGAUGCCAUGCUUCGAAUCACGGAGAAUCAUUAAGUGCAAUGGAAUGAUCAAAAACUAAAUGGAGUUAAACUCUUUCCAGAAUUAAUCAUAACGCUGUGAAACUAUUUCAUGGCUGAAGAUUAUAUUUGAAAAAAAAAACAAUUUUCGAUAUUCGAUUGUUGAUUGAUGCGAGAAAAUAAAGACCUAUGGGUUCUUCAUAAAGCCACCGGACAAAAUAUUAGUUUCAUUAGUUAAAUGCGAACAGAAAGCAGGUUUCGGUUGCUUAAUGGUUUUUAUGCUGUAUUCCUAGUGUUGUUGAUUGAAUGUCUUAUGUUGUUUUUGAUGCUGUACUUAUUCUGUUAGAUAAUAAAACGUUUAAAUAUAAAA